UUUCUCUAGCUUUAGUCUGGUUUUGUCUUCUCAGGUGACAUUCCUACUGUAUAUCGUUGGAAGAGGAAUACUGAGAGUUCGUAGACAAUGGCAGAUCAGCAUGAGAUGGACGCAACUUUUCCUGCUGUUGGAACAUACCCGCGGAAAAUACUAAACUAUAUGGAAGGUUUCUUGGUCUCCAAGACUCUGUUCACAGCAUGUGAGCUCGGCGUGUUCGACGUGCUAUUGGGUGCAGGGCGCCCUCUGUCUGCAGAGGAAAUCAGCCAGGCCGUAGGUGCCAACUUGGAUGGCAUCGAAAGGCUGUUGGCAGCUUGUAGUGGCCUUCAGCUACUUCAGACGCACAAGCAAAAUGGACAAGUGUCUUACAGUAAUACAGAGCAGGCCAGACUGUACCUGACCCGCUCUGGUCCUGCAACUCUCUACCACUCCAUUCAAUACAGUUCCAGAACCAUUUACCUCUGCUGGCACUACUUGACUGAUGCUGUCAGGGAAGGAAGAAGUCAAUAUGAGAAAGCCUUCGGUGUAAGCUCCAAAGAUUUGUUUCAGGCUCUUUACAGGUCUGACGAGGAGAUGGUGAAGUUCAUGCAGCUGAUGAACUCCAUAUGGAACGUCUGCGGUCGAGAUGUGCUCACAGCCUUUGACCUUUCGCCUUUCAAGGUCAUCUGUGACCUCGGAGGCUGCAGCGGAGCAUUAGCAAAACAGUGCACGUCAGCCUACCCGGAGUGCACAGUGAGGAUCUUUGACCUCCCCAAGGUGGUGCAGACAUCCAGAGAACAUUUUGUCAAGGAAGCUGACCAAAGGAUAAGCUUCAUUGGAGGAGAUUUUUUCAAAGACCCCCUACUCGAGGCGGACCUCUACAUCCUUGCAAGGAUCCUUCAUGAUUGGACGGACCAACGUUGUGUAGAACUGCUCAGUCGAGUUCACAGCGCCUGCAAACCAGGAGGCGCUGUCUUGGUGGUGGAGGCGUUACUCUAUGAGGACGGCUCCGGCCCACUCACCGCACAACUCUACUCGCUGAACAUGCUGGUGCAGACGGAGGGUCGAGAAAGAACGGGGGCAGAGUACAGCGCCCUGCUAGCUGCCGCCGGGUUCACUGACAUCGAGUACCGUCUUACUGGCAAAAUAUACGAUGCGGUUUUGGGCUUUAAAAAAGCAUGAACCUGGAAGAAAAUUGAAUCAGAGUUUAGACAGUUCAUAUCAAUGAACUAUGACGUACAUGAACAUGCAAUUGUUACAUAAAAAACAGCUGCAAAUGAAUCUACAUAGAAUGACAGCUGCAAAUGAAUCUACAUAGAAUGGAAUUAUUCAUUGUUACAAUUGCAUUUAGACCAGUGGUUCUUAACCUUUUUGAAGGUACUGAAACCAACAAGUUUCAUGUGGAUUCACCAAACCCUUUGGAAUGAGAUAAUAAAGCUUUUUUUUUUUUUCAAAUUCAAAACCAAUAUAUCUAAGCCCUCAAGCUAUUGAUUUAGCAAAUUCCCGUUCAAUAUUCCUCCCAUUUUGGCAGCAUUUUUAAUAAACAGGUCAAAAUUUGAGACCACGCUGCCCAUUUGUCUGUUGUAUUCCCUCAUACCAAGUGCGAGUCAACCUUCCACUGAGCAAACCAGUUCCUCCUCCCAUCAGAUUGAGGACUAGCAGUUAAAAGAAAUGGAUUAAGCCUGUAAAUUGGGAGCAAACCAGUCCAGUACCUGGUCUAAUAAGCAACUUUGCCUAGAUUUGAUGGGCGUACAAAAAUAGGGCUCUGCAUUUCUUUACCUUCGCCGAACCCCUAAGACUUACUCCCCGAACCCAGGUUAAAAACCACUGAUUUAGAGAUUUAACAUCAUAAAAUUGCCUCUAAAUUAUGGAUAAUUCUUCCAAAAUGGUAUUUUUCUAUGAUAUAUUGUUUUCAAAGUUCAAGUUUGCAGUAUAAUCUGCAUAUGUCUUUAUUAGUACAGAUCUGGCCUUCAAUCCCCGGGAAAUACAUGCCUAUCAAAAUUUACUCACACAUCGCUGACUGAUGCCCAGCCAAAAAUGCUUGUUUGCAUGUUAAAAUGAAUACUAAUCCGUUCCCACACAUUUGAAUGAUUAUAAUUGCACACGAAUCAACACGAAUCCCCUGGAGUCUCAUUUUUUCCCCCCAACCAAAUCAUCUCAUUUUUAAUUGGUCUCUUGAAGAGCAAACAUGAAAUAUUUGAUGAGAGACAAAUAAUCAAUUUCUCUUUUAGAAGGCCAGUGUAGUAAUUCCUGCCAGGAAAUAAAGUUUCCACACUUGAUGUCCCGACAUGAACCACGUCUGAAUUUUGAUGUACUCAUAGGAACGCAAGUAAUGACCUCCAUUUGUUGAUCAGUGUUGCUUUUGUUAUCAAUUUUCGAUGAUAGCGUUGCCAACAUUUCUCUCCCCGCUCUUGUGUUUCACUGCCAUGACCAUUCUGUGUAAUUAGAUUGAGAGUAUUUAGCUCACCUUUUAGUUGCACCUUCAGAACCUUCAGUGUACUAGAGUGCCCCCUCUUUUAAUUAAUGUCACAUUGCCGCUGGGAUUUUCAGAUAUGUGAAAUAAUUACUGUAAAUCUACAUUACGUGCAUACUUUCUUCAGUUCGCUCCCAUUUAGUUACAUACAUUUACCACCCACCAAGAAUAACUAAUAAUAUUUACCCGUAUGGAAUUGUUUAGAAUAUGAUUAACACACAGUGUCUUAUUCCAUGAAUUGCCUUAUCCAUAACCUUACCAUCGUAUUAUUUUUUUUAUCAUCCUGAGAAGAAUGAGCUGAAAAAGCUGCCAUGAUAACAAAGCUGAAAGGAAGAUACUUACUGAGGCCUCAUUCUACCGUAAAUUGCUUCAAAUUUCAAUUGAGUCCUCUGCAGUCUGACUUUUUUGUUUUUUCACUAAGAUGAUAAACUUGCUCGUAUAUCAUGUCUUAUCUCUCAAGCUAAAUCCCGUCUGAACCUCUUACCAUUUUCAGAAUGUAGAUGCCAUUUUUAGAACCAUCUUUUGUUUCAGCCACACAAGAGAAUAGGAGGCUAAUCAGACUAUCGGAGUUUAAACUUAAGACAUUGUGACGUGAAGUUGGUUCACACAAAAGUGAACAGUUUUAACGAGACAGUCUGAAGUUCCCAACUUUUUCUUUGUAUUCUCCAAGCAGUAUGUGUUUAUUUCAACUUCAGACAUUCAUUUCACUCCCUAUUUCAACUUUUUCCUGCUUGAUUCAUUCAUUGAGCACAUGUUCAGCUCUUGGCAGGCUGUAGCACUGUCACAGUUCGAGUCGCGCAAUAAACUCCAACGCCAAGUGUGUGUGAGCAAGUAUGUUGGAUUUCCCCUUAAACGGUUUUAAUUAGUACAAUGAAUACAAAAAAAAUAAUUAUAGUCUGAAUAGAUUUGCUACCAGUGUAAAGAUGGCGUUUAAUAGAGUUCAUUGAGUAAUUUCAGUUUUGCCAUGACGGUAAUAGUUUUCUCAUUACAAGCCAGUAUAACCAUGAAAGUUUUAGACUUUUUAGUUUUUUAGGACAAAUAUUGAUCCCACAUGUACUAAAAGCUUCAGUCUGGCGAACCUAGAGAGACACCAUACACCAAUGUUUCCUCUAAUUUUUCGUGUGUCUGAGCCAGGGGUCGCGUUAACCGAAUAUUUUCCGUCGUUGACCGGUUUUUUAAAACGGUGACGGAAAAAACUGAAGUCCAUCCGUCAUUUUGACCGGUUGCAAUUCACACCCCAGACCACAGGGUGGCG